GAUAGCAAGCAAGCUCCGGUGUAAAUAGCUAGAUUUGAGUGGUUGGUCGUUGACUAGAGUUUGUGUUGUAGCACACUAGUAGAAGAGAGAAAGCGAGAGAGAAUGGAGCAUCCAUACGUGCCGAGAGAUCUGCAACUGCCUGGAUAUGUCGCCAUCUCCCUCUCGCAGUCCACCAUUCUCGGCGUCUUUGGUCUGGCUUCUCUGUUUGUCGUCUCGCUUGUGUGGAUCGUCUCUGGGAGAUUGCGCAAGGUAUCUAACCUUGAUAGAUUCCUCAUGUGCUGGUGGGCUUUCACUGGACUUACACAUAUGAUUCUUGAAGGUUAUUUUGCUUUCUCUCCUGAAUUCUACAAAGACAAGGCAGGAUUUUAUCUUGCUGAAGUUUGGAAAGAAUACAGCAAAGGUGACUCAAGAUAUGCAGGGAGGGAUGCCGCAAUUGUUACUGUUGAAGGAAUAACUGCAGUUCUGGAAGGUCCUACUAGCCUUCUAGCAGUGUAUGCUAUAGCCAAAGGGAAGGGGUACAGCUACACACUCCAGUUUGCCAUCUCCCUGGGACAGCUCUAUGGAACUCUUGUAUAUUUCAUAACGGCUUACUUGGAUGGUGAUAACUUUGCUGCUAGCCCAUUUUAUUAUUAUGCAUACUAUGUUUUGGCAAAUUCCUUCUGGGUUCUGAUACCCUCACUCAUUGCUGUCCGGUGUUGGAAGAAAAUUUCUCUGGCGGUGCAGGGCCAAAGCCAGAAGAAGAACAAGGUUCGCUGAGGUAGUCUGCAGAAUAUACUGUCUCUUUGCUUCACAAUUAGCUUAAUUUGUGCACUUGAGCAGGCAAUGUUGAAAUAAUCUAAGCAUUCCAGUUUAGAAAAGUGUCAUUUUUUUCUUUUUUGGUUUGGUGUUUUCCAUAAAUGACUGGUAAUUGCCUUUAAUGGAAUGCAUACAUUUCAGUAUCAAUCUUCUUCAAUUUAA